AUGGAAUUCAUCGCCAAGACCAGCCACGAGGCAGAAAUCCGAGAUCGACUCCACGCAUUAGACUACGAAGUUCAUGCUCUGAAGUUAGGCAGCAGAUCAUUGGCGCGCAAGUUUGGCUUGAACGAAUAUCUCGAAAACGAUGCGGGGUCUUUCUUAGCACCUGCUGCUCGUAAACAAGGUGAGAUUCAACGACGAACCAAGGUUUUGGAGAAUGGAAUUCGUACUUUGAAGUGGAGUCUUGGGCUCCCGGAUAUGAUGUCCAGCCCAGCUCCUUCAGGCCUGGUCGAUACAGCCAGACCUGUCCCGCCUGCAGAGACUUACUGUUUAGCCCCUCAGUUUGAAGCAUUGCUAGAUGAUCUUCAGAACUCCGGGAUGAUCGAAAAGAACAAGCGGCUGUACUACACCAGCACGGCUGCAGACCCGAAGCAGCAAAGGGAGAACGAAACCAUGAUGGCUUUCCAUUUCAGACGACACGAGAAUCCCGAUAUUGCUGGACCUAUUCCUGACCUCAACCCCAAGUUGCGAGUCGGUAGAAGGAAAGUCAACCCGCAUUCCUCUCUUUCUAUCAAGCACUCCAUUCUCAGAGAGUUUAUCCAUGACGCUAACCGUAACAUCAGGAAUGUGGCCUGCAGUCUAUACCUCCGCCGCGAGUGCAAGGCAAUGUACACAUACAACUUCAACGAGCUUGAUGCUGACAUAUUCUACGACUGGCAAUGGCUGCGUUCUCUGCAAUCAGGAGAUGUUCUUGCAGGAGACAUAGAGGUCCUUGGUAUACGUAAUCAAAUGAUCUGCGAUAUGAUUGACAACAGAGAAGAUCCUAUCUUUGAGGAUCGCGCUGCACUUUGGCCUUCCAUUGUCUUUGGUCGUCUGAAGCCUGAUUUUUGA